UUUGCCAAGACACAAAGCUGGUCAAUCAUACGGAACGCUCAAAGCAUUCCAACCAUCUGGCAGUCUUUCCUCACUUUUCAUUUUCAUUGUCCCGACAAUCCGAUCGGAGCCUCUUGAAGCCCUUGGAAAUGAUCUCCAGCGUGAUGUGCGGCGGUGGCAGCAGAGCAACAGUCCGAAGCAACAGUCUCGACAGUAGCCAGGCAUCUGUCGUUACCUCAACAAUGACCACAAGAACUGACUUUUCAUCAUCUCAGGAGGUCUCCCAGACUCAGAGUCCUUGCAGCCAGGCUCCAGUGUCAGUUCGACAAGAACUGACUUUGUUGGAAACCAUCGAGGAGGCCCCUAAGCCUCGGCGCAGCAGGAAACUCAAGCGUUUCAGCUCCAGGUGGUCAUCAAGAGGCUCCAACGGCAGCAACAACCUCUCCAUCCAAGCAACCAAGACAGAGAGGAAGCGUCGUAAGCUCCUGGGCGACGAGCACCCAGUGCACGUGACUGCCGGCAACCAGCGCCAACGCUAUGUGACCAAGGACGGCAAGUGCAGGGUCAACCUGGGGCCCAUUGAGGACAAGAGCCGCUUCCUCUCGGAUAUUUUCACCACACUGGUGGACCUCAAGUGCCGUUGGUUCCUUCUGGUCUUCACCAUGUGCUACAUCCUCACAUGGGUGGCCUUUGGCGGAAUCUACUUCCUGGGCGCCUGGGUGCGAGGCGACAUCAAACAUGUGCGUGACCCGCACUGGCAGGCGUGCUACGAGAACGUGGACGGCUUCCUGUCAGCCCUGCUGCUGUCAUUAGAGAGCCAGAGGACAAUCGGGUACGGCUCCAGGAUGGUGACGGCGAAGUGCCCCGAAGGGGUGGUGCUACUGAUGAUCCAGUCCAUCCUGGGAUGCAUCAUCGAUGCUCUCAUGGUGGGCUGCAUGUUUGUGAAGAUCUCACGGCCCCAGCAAAGGGCCCAAACACUCAUCUUCAGCAAACACUGCGUCAUAUGCGAGCGGGAUGACAAGCUCUGCAUGCUCUUCCGUAUCGGGGACCUCCGGGAGAGUCACAUGGUGGAUGCUAAGAUCCGCGCCAAGCUCAUCAGAUCCAGGCAGACCAGAGAAGGAGAAUUUAUCCCGCUGGAGCAGUCUGAGAUCAACAUGGGCUACGACACGGGUGGAGACCGGCUCUUGCUGGUUGAGCCCCAGACCAUCACGCACAUCAUCAACGAAAACAGCCCUUUCUGGGAGGUGGAUGCCGAUCGUUUGAGGAGGGAGACCUUUGAGAUCAUUGUCAUCUUAGAGGGCAUUGUGGAAGCCUCGGGUAUGACAUGUCAGGCGAGGACAUCCUACACGGAGGACGAGAUCCUGUGGGGUCACCGGUUUGAAUCGUGCAUUUCCUUAGAGAAGGGUGCCUUUCGCGUGGACUACGGUGCGUUUGACAAAACCUUCGAAGUCCAAAUGUCAAAACUGAGCGAAAGAGAGAGAAGAAAGGCAAUGGAGCAAGACCAUUCAUUUUAGUUGGAUACCAAACAAUACUGUUGGUCUCAAAAGUCUGUUUUUGAAGUGUUUAUAUCAUUUAUAUAGUUAUGGAACACUACACUUCUGGUGUUACAAUGUACAAAGCAAUAUCCAUUAUUUUACCAUUCAUAUGCUGUAUGUGACAUUUCUAACACAAAAUUAAAA